AUGCUGUUGCUGGGCACAGACGCAAACGGCAAGAACGAGAUCCGAACAGUGCGGACGAUGGAUAUCAGGACGAUGGUGUCUGUCACGCUGAGCCUACUGACAGACGAUGACCAGCACAUCAUGCGACGUUGGCGGGAUGCCGACAUCGUGGCCAUGGUCAAUAACAUGGGUGGCAUGUCUGAAGCGCGGUUCAUGGCCAUCGUGGCCGAGGUGACCCGUCUUCUCGGCGCGGCCACUGGUGCCCGCGCUGUACACCGCUGGUACACCGGCCGGAUGUUACCGUCGUCCAGCGACACAGACGACGGUUUCUCCGUGACCCUGAUGGACAUUGGCGCCGCGGCCGACGACCGUGUGUACGGCGGCCUUUCCUACUCACUGAUAGCUUGUUUAGACCAUCCGGUAUCCGCUUCAGGUUGGACGUUUUCGGGCCUGGACGGACGUCUCGACCUGGCCCAGCAUCCCACACCCGAAUAUGUCCGGCGCCACCGCCACUGCCCCUGCGACCUCCUGAAGGGCGGAAACGACAGCCACCGCAAGGACUACGACCAUGACGAAGACGACGAUUACGACAAUCUUCCGCCCAGCACGACCGUGUCCGAAGACCAAGUGCCGUUCGUAACAGACGUUUUAAGUAUGCAAUAUCAUACUAUAAUAAUAUUAUGA